AUGGUUGAUGCUACCCCAGAUAUGUCACAUACUGAACAAAGUACAUUCAUCCUGAGAUACCUAACUUGUGAUGAAUGUGGUAAAUACCUGAUACAAGAGAGAUUUCUUUCAUUUAUUGAUGACAGUAAGAAGACCGGGGCAGACAUUUCAGAGAUGAUAUUAAAAUUUCUUAGUGAUUCUCAUAUUCCUUUUGAAGAUUGCAGAGGUCAGGGAUACGACAAUGGUAGUAAUAUGUCAGAAAUAUCCCAACUGAAGAGUUUAACAGCUAAAACUAAAGUAGAUGUGGCAGCCGCUAUUAAGUAUGUGUCUUCUUUUGAAUGUAUUUUGAUGGCUGCUUUUUGGUUCAAGUUAUUGAAUUCAAUAGAUCAGAGAAAUCAGGUGAUUCAAGCUCAGUCUUCUACUGUAGAUAUUGAAGUAAAAAACAUAGAGGACUUGGAAACUGAAUUGCAGUCUCUCAAAAAGAAGUGGCAUUUAAUUUAUGAUGAAGCCAAAGUUGUUGCAGUUGCCAUGAACAUUGACCCAGUAUUUCGAGUCACUCGGAAAGGAAAAAGAAAAUCCUUUUUUGAUGACUCCGACUCUGAUGAUGAUAAGGUAUCAGGUGAAGAUUCACUUAUACAGACAGACGAACAUAGGUUUAAGAAAGAAGUGUUUUUUAAGGUUAUUGACACAGUAUGUGAGAGACUAAACAAGCGUUACCAGGCCAUCUUCCAGAUUAACAAACUAUUUGGGUUUCUGUGGUCAUAUCUUGAUAUGACUGAUGAAGUGAUAGUAAAUGAUUCUAAAAACUUUAGCACUGAGUAUAGCAAAGACAUCUCUAGUGACAAGCUAACUGAGGAAAUUCUGUACCUUGAGAAUAUACAUAAAGCCAAUUUAGAUGACAACUCUCUCUCUCCACUUCUGCUUCUUAAUAAGAUCACAAAAUUAAAACUACAAGAUUUGUUUCCAAAUAUAUGCAUAGCCUUGAGAAUUUUCUUGACGUUGCCAGUCACAGUUGCCUCUGCAGAAAGAUCCUUUAGCAAAUUAAAGUUGAUUAAGAAUCACUUAAGAAGCACAAUGGGACAAGAGAGAUUAUCAUCACUAAGUCUUUUAAGCAUUGAAAGUGAUUUGGCACGAAAGAUUGAUUUUGAUGAUUUAAUUGAGUGUUUUGCUGCUAGAAAAGCAAGGAAAGGAGUAUUUCUUUAA